CGCAGCUCGCAAAACCCGGCGGCGUGCGGGGAUGGCUGCCGUAGCGGCGAGUGCGGGCCGCCUGUGGAGGCUGCGUGCGGCCCGGGCCGAGGGACACUGGCGUCGGCUGUGUGGUGCGGGGCCGCUGCGGGGCUUCCUGCAGCCCGCCUCGGCCGGCGGGGACGCGGCCCCGAGGCGGCAGGUGGCUCACUUCACCUUCCAGCCCGACCCGGAGCCCCAGGAGUACGGACAAACUCAGAAAAUGAACCUUUUCCAGGCAAUAACAAGUGCUUUGGAUAACUCAUUGGCCAAAGAUCCUACUGCAGUAAUAUUUGGUGAAGAUGUUGCCUUUGGUGGAGUCUUUAGAUGUACCGUUGGCUUGCGAGACAAGUAUGGAAAAGAUAGAGUUUUUAAUACCCCAUUGUGUGAACAAGGAAUUGUUGGAUUUGGGAUUGGAAUUGCAGUCACUGGUGCUACUGCCAUUGCAGAAAUUCAGUUUGCAGAUUAUAUUUACCCAGCUUUUGAUCAGAUUGUUAAUGAAGCCGCCAAGUAUCGAUACCGCUCUGGGGAUCUUUUUAAUUGUGGAAGCCUCACCAUCCGUUCCCCUUGGGGCUGUGUUGGCCAUGGGGCUCUCUACCAUUCUCAGAGUCCUGAAGCUUUUUUUGCCCACUGCCCAGGAAUUAAGGUGGUUGUACCCAGAAGCCCUUUCCAGGCCAAGGGACUUCUUUUGUCAUGCAUAGAGGAUAAAAAUCCUUGUAUAUUUUUUGAACCUAAAAUACUUUACAGGGCAGCAGUGGAACAAGUUCCUGUGGAACCAUACAACAUCCCCCUGUCCCAGGCCGAGGUCAUACAAGAAGGGAGUGAUGUUACUCUAGUUGCCUGGGGCACUCAGGUUCAUGUGAUCCGAGAGGUGGCUUCCAUGGCUCAAGAAAAGCUUGGAGUGUCUUGUGAAGUCAUUGAUCUGAGGACUAUACUACCUUGGGAUGUGGAUACAGUUUGCAAGUCUGUGAUCAAAACAGGGCGACUGCUAAUCAGUCACGAAGCUCCCUUGACGGGCGGCUUUGCGUCGGAGAUCAGCUCUACAGUUCAGUUUUUCAACUUACGGCAGAUGUCAUUUCCAUAAUACAAGGAGCUCCGUAUCAACAUCUUAAGAUUGUUCAUGCCUGUUGCCUGUUUUUCAUAAAGCCAUUUAUUAUUUUAAAAAAUGUUAUUGUUAACAUUCUAAGUUUGAAGGUAUGUUAAACUCACAAGUGAUCAGGAGAUUACUUUAUAUUGAAUAUAAAAAUAUUUUUAUUUAUAUUUAUCAGUAGUUUCUUUAUAAAAUAUGUGCUUACAAAAAUCAAAGCUAAUACAUUGAAUCUACAAACUGCUUUACAUUCCUACUAGAUUUAAUUUGGAAGUCAACUGGAAGCAGAAUAAGCUGAGGUCUGGUAUAUUUGGCUGCCCUCAAGGGGAGAUUUCUUGGUCGGUCAUCCAAAGCUUCACUGUCUCUUCCCACCUAAUUUUACAUUCCCAUCUGUUCUCAUUUUGGGGUGAGGGAAUGUUUUCCUUCUUACAUUUGACCCACACACAAAACUUGGAGAUGUGCUUCUUUUAGGGAGUUAUGCAUUCCCAUUGUGCACCCUGAUCUGUGGAAAAGUGCAAAGACAAGAGUUUAGGCAAUUCACUGACCUUGGUGUAUAGUUUGAGCAAAUAUUUCAUUGUUUCAGAAAAGUAUCUGAAUUAAUUUUAUGUGGUGUUUGUAUUCUUCAGCUUUAUGUAACCACGGCUGUAAAAAAUAAAAAUCUUUAUUGUGCUAAAAAA